GAGGAUUACUUUGGGCAUGGCUGGGGCAUGCACAAGAAUGCAUUCCCGUUUUGUGGUUCGAUUAUUCACGAGUCGGAGAUGCAGAACUAUCAAGUCAGCUAUCGGUGGCAUGUCGUCGAUCCUGUGAGGUUUAGGAAGAGGAUCAAAGUGACGAUGGAGAGUGGACAUGCUAACCAUUUGAGAGACGAUUGGAGCACGACUGCGUAUUGGUAUCAGACUCUGCCAGGUCCAAAACUGCAGAUCUUGCCGGUAGAGCAGCGUCUACCUCGGAAGCCGCAAUACCCAGGGGCCGGUUCUCCAUCAGAGCCAGACUUGACUGCUCUAGACCCUUUGCGGAGGGCGGUGGUGGAGCAACGGGAUGAAAGGAUGCACCAGUUUGCAAAGGACAGAGCCGAAAGCCUGGGCAAGAGGGCCGAGGAGUCCCGCGAGCGCGCGAUCAAGAAUACUGAAUUUGCACGAGAGGUGCGCAGACGAUAUCUAAGCAGUCUUGCCAGUUCCUAA